CAAGAAUUCAUUUAGAUUGGAUCGUGCACGGAGACAAAAUCCCAUAACACAAUGUACGGACGAGACCCAUGGGGUGGUCCCUUAGAGAUCAAUGCGGCAGACUCCAUCACCGAAGACGAUCGCAGCCAUAGUAACCUACAAGAACUCGACCAUUCGACUCUUCCUCGACCACUAGACGCAACGCAGCAGAGCUGGCUACUCGGACCUCCCAUGAGGAAGAAGAAGAAGUACGUUGAUCUCGGAUGUAUACUAGUCAGUCACAAGAUAUUUCUAUGGACUCUUGGAACUCUUCUUGUUACCACCUUUCUUGCUGGAUCCAUAACUAUGAUCGUCAGACACGUGCUGCCGCACCACAAACAUGAGAAGCCUCAACUUGACAACUACACAAUAAAGAAGUAUAUACAGCUUCUUAGGAAUUCUGCAAACCUUGAAAAGCUAAGACAAGCAAAGGAAGCUAUUAGUGCCGUGUUUCCAUUGAGUCCUUCUCUAUGGCUAGAAUGAGGGAAUGAAGCAUCUCUAGCCUCCAGGGACUGGCAUAUGUUGACUUUUUGGAUGAUGAGGACCUUGCAGCAAAGAACAAAGUAGUGUUGGUAAGAAGUGUGGGAACCGAAAUCCACACUGUCGAUUUUCCGUCAAAUAUGGAAACUUAGGGUGAAACCCUAAUUUUCCCGAGGUCCUGGAUCUCUGCGGAAAUCACUAAAACAAACGAAUUUAAAAGAAUAUGGAUGAACAAUAAAGAACAAAGAGAUAAGAACUUGUAUGAAAG